CUACGCGUAUUAUUCAUUUAUAUUCAUUCUGUAAAUUUCUUUCAGCAAAAUUAAUUUAGCUAUUUUUAUGUUUUAAACUUCUAUGAUUUUCGUAGUUUGUGGUCUGUUGCAUUGUUCUUUCAUAGGUGCCUCUUCAGAACCAUUUACAACUUGCUCGUGAAGUAAGGGAAGCUAAAAUCUUUGUUGUGCGGAGAUUCUUGUGGAACGGCCAAAAUGCCACCGAAAAAAGCUGCGUCCACUGCGAACAAAUCUCGGACUGGAAACAAAACUGGCUCUCGCAUCGUCAGCAAGAUCGCGGAUAAACCCGAACUCUCAGAGAAGAACAAGAUGCUGCUGGAUCGUUUGGUGCAAUUCCAGGAAACUUUAAAGGGACAAAUGGACAAAAAUCAAGCAGAGCACGAAGAGAGAAUGAAAAAGUUAGAUGAAGAAGAGGAAGCUGCUUUUCAGAAUGCCUGCCGAAAAUACACCGAAGAGCAGCUGAAUAUGACUUGCCCGGAAUUCGAGCGGUUUCUGGAACAACAAGAAGCUGUUGCAGUUGUUGAAUCCAAAAACGAAGCGAACGUUCCUCCGCAGAACAUCGAAGGCCCGCAGCAUCCUGAGCAUAAUGUGUACGACAUUGAAAAUGAAUUUUCAGCCCCGGAAGUCGUCAAAGUUCGCCUCAACUUUGGCAAAAAGAGCAAACAGAAGAAAGCAUCAGAAGCUCGCAAAUCCAAAGCCAAACCCCGGCGCCCGUCCUUUGCGAAUCAAUUUGUCACUCCGACGACUUCGGCUAGUGCCUUGCGCCGUUUUGUGCCCAAAUUUAUGAAGAGCGGCAUUAAGGAAAGUCAGCCCCGAGCGGCACGACCCGGCGAGAUUGUCCUUUCGGAGAAUGGCAGUCCAGUUUUGUUCCGGAUAUGACAUCAAAAUUGGCUGUAAGGAACAUUGAAGAAACAUUUUAAAAGGCUUUUUGUGUCGAAUCUCGGUCCUGAGUCAGUGAGUGUACACGAUAAAAGACACCAGCGUUUCAUAUGAUUACUUUAAUGAGUUUUAUGGAUCUUAAACUUGUAUUUGCGAAGCAGUUUGACAGGAGAAUCUGUAUAAACUAAUUUGCUUCUUUUCGUGCAAGAUGUUUCAAAAUGGUUUAGCAGUAAAACUUGCAAUGAUUGUUUUCGUUUUUGGGGCAGAUGAUAGUGGAAGUGCCUGUACAUUUUUUUGCGAAUUUCGAAAAAUGAAUCGUGUGAAUUCU